AUGUACGAACUUUAUUAUUUUGUUCUAGGAAAUCCCAUUCGUGUCAAUAACACUGUGAAAGGUACGUCUCGCGGUAAUAAGUCGCCGGCAACUGACCCGACCAUCCCCGGCCUAUAAAGUGCUAUAAAACUGACGAUAGAAAUAUGUACAUUUGUAUUGUAUUUCACAACACUGUAGCCUCGCUUGAGCUUGUUAAUCAAGGGACUAAGGCGUUGAUCGAGGACCCUGGAAGGUGAAAACCAUUCCCUAUCUGUUAUAUGUACUGAUCGAUGGGCACUUUAGGGUCAGAGGCGCGUUGGAUGUUUCACAUUUCUCUUUGGGUGCUUCAUCAAAUUAAGGAAAGAGUGUGCUUCGCCUGUUUUUGUGUCGAGGUUCACCUCGAGUACUGUGAUUAGAGAUCCUGUUUGACUGUACCAUUUCUUAGCCAAACGCUCAUAAUAUAAAGUAGCCUGCAGUCGUAUUAACAUUUUGGGUGGGCGAAAUCUUGUUUAUGUUCGUAUUGUUGUGGCCGCCAUCUUUGCUUUUGUGACAGAGGAAGAUUGGGGAGAGUAGAAAUAGUAACCCUUAGGGUAGGUGCGAGGGCGAAAGAAGGAGAGGGGGGAGGGGUUAGGGUUAGCGUUAACAUUCGCGCGCCCGAAGAAAACGCCUGCACUGCUAGCUAAAUAUAAAGGUCCAUCUCAUCUCCAUGUAAGGGACAGACGAAGUAACUCGAAACGAAAGACAAAACUCAAAGCGUUUUUCAACUUUACUUUCACUUUUUUCUUGUUAGGUCGUCUUCAUAAAUACUGUCGCGCUGACGAAAUGCCGCAAGAGACGUGUUUCAUGGCAUGUAACUCCUGCGUCAAAAAUGGAGGCAUCUGGUGUCCAAAGGGUCACGUGGUUGUCUGGAUCAAUGGUGUCAGGUUAACAAAUUUUGCUUUAAAUCUGCCACUUUUUACAAAUGAUGUGGAACCUUUGUCGUUGGAAAUAAAGUCCAGAAAGAAAAACAACCUCAAAUGUAUGCUAUCUUCAAAUGCAUAUUAAAAUAAUUAUUGUAGCCAUUAUCAAUACCUUAUUAGCCAUCCAUGAACGAAAAUUCCAUGAAAUAAAAGUGAAAAUCCUUUCACGUCAUUGCAGGUCAGUCUUAAGUACAAAGAGAGGCUUCUGCUGGCCAGGUAAAUACUUAAUAUAAGCGUUACUUAACUUUCCUAGCGUUCGUUAUCUCGGUGCGCGGUCUUGUAACCAUCGUUGUCUUUCAAAUGUCAUUCACCAGCCACUGAUCUCUCAUUGACUCCUGAAAUUAAAUUCUAGGGGGGCUGUUCACUUUAGAUGCCACGAAAGUUCAGACGUUUCUUACCGGUCAUGGAAGCGCUGAAUUUCAAGCACAUUGUGAUUCGCUUGUGCCGAUGUACAAACAGUGUUCAGGUAUAUAG